UGUGUCAAUCGGGAGCAUGGCUAGGAAGCUGCUUACCUUGGAGAAUAUCAACCCUCUGUUGAGAGACAUUCAAAGCGAGGAAUCCGAGCCUACGGUUAAGAGGGCGGCGGAGAUAGAGAGAGAGCUGAGAAAGGGUGUUCUGAAGCCAUUCACGGAAGUUAUCAGAGCAGACAUUAACGAUAUACAAGCGAUGGGCCAGAAACCAAUAACGUUUAUCAGACAGGUGCUGACCAUGUGUGCUUAUCCUUUGUUACUGAGUGAUCCCUUCAUUCCAAGUGAUGUAAAAAGAAGAGCAAACAAUAUUUUAGACGAAUGUGGUGGAAGAAGUGCGGGUGCUUACACAUACAGCGAAGGUAUAGACUUAAUACGUGAACACGUGGCUCAGUAUAUGGAGCGAAGAGAUGGGUUUCCUGCUUACGCUAAAAAUGUUAUUUUAACCUCGGGUUCGAAUGAAGCUUUGCGGUCCAUACUAAAUGUUCUAAAUACGCCUACAAAUGGUAACAAAAUUGGUGUACUUGUUCCUAUACCAAGAGAUCCUUCAUUCACAACACUUCUGAAAGAAUUUGGAAUGAUUCAGAUUGACUACUAUUUAGAAGAGGAACAGGACUGGUCAAUAAACUCAAAAGAACUUAUAAGCGCUCUUGAAAGAGCUAGUAGAUACUGCAUUCCCAAAGCCAUUUUAGUUAUCAAUCCCGGCAACCCUACUGGUUCUCUUCUAACACCUAGAAACAUGGAAGAAAUCGUUUGGUUUGCUUUCUCUCAGAAAUUGGUUCUAUUGGCUGAUGAGGUGAGCACCAAGUACGCUUACCAGUUUAAUGCUCUAGGACAGUGUUGCCAGUUCCAGUCUUUUAAGAAGACCAUAAUGCAAAUGGGCCAUCCCUUUGACAAAUUGGAGCUUAUUAGUAUGAUGUCUGGCUCCACUGGUAUUUUAGGAGAGUCUGGCUUGAGGUCUGGAUGCUGCGAACUCAUAAAUAUUACAGAUGAAGUAUUAAAUGUGUAUAAAAAAUCUAUUUGUGUGAAAAUGUGUCCAGGAGUUUUGGGACAGAUUGCUUUUGACUGCAUGAUUUGCCCACCCGAAGUUAAAGAACCAUCGUACCAACGUUUUAUGCAGGAGUGGAGAGAUAUCAUGCAAUCCUUAACAGAAAAGGCAAUAUUUCUGACGUCAUCUCUGAAUCUAAUAGAUGGCAUCGAAUGUAAACAACACACUGCUGCAACUUUCGUCUUUCUUAAACUCAAAAUACCUAGCAAGGCUGUGGCAGCAGCUAAAGGAAAAGGACAAACACCGGAUACAUUUUAUGCAAUGCAGCUGUUGGAAGAAGCUGGAAUUUGCUCCCUACCAGGUUCACUAUACGGACAGCUACCUGGAACACAUCACUUAAGAUUAACCAUCUUACCAGACAAGAAAACAAUACAGGAUAUGGUAGAAAAGAUCAGAAGUUUUCAUUCGAAUUUCAUUCAAAUGUAUAGUUGAGUGUGAAUUUCUUUACACACAAUGUAAGAAAGUCUGUACAAAAUGCUGUUCACGUUAUUUCACAUUAUGCAUUGAAAGAUCAGUCUAUUCUUGAAGUUGAAUGUAGCUAAUGUGGAAUUGAGAAUGAUAUGCUAAUGAAUGUUCCAAAGUUAGCAUUAAUCAUAACUGUCAAGGAAUUUUUUUCUUCAUUAUUUAUUUGUUCACGGUCGUCUAGAUAUUUAAGGGAAACUUUAUAUUAACCCUAUAGAAAACUAUUUAUAUUUCCUGAAGGAAUAAACGAAGAUAAUAAACACAUCUUUGGCAAAACAAUUUAUAGAUCGUUUACAUGCAACUUGAUUUAUAUUAACCAGGAAACCAUACAAUAGUGCAAUAAUGAAAAAAAAGCAGCAUUUGAAAGAGCAUAUAGUAAAACAUGUUUCUGGAUGUAUACAUUAUUUGCCCUCUUGCCCCGUUAACCGAAUAUAAGGUCUUAAAGUUGCCGAAAUUUUGAGAAAAGUCUCCAAAUUUAAUGAGUUUCACAGAAUAAUGGGAGAUAUCUUUCACACACUUUGCAGCUUAAUGUCCUACCACAUGCAGACGGCAAAAUGGUCGACUGAAAUCGGCAUCUUUUAAUUCUCGCCAAACCUUUAAAGUUGGGGACUUUUCUUAAAAUUUCGGCAGACUUUAAGAUCUGAUAUCUCGACAACGGAGGCACGUGGGCAAAUACUUUUUGUGCCAAAAAAAAAAAGUCUCAAUGUAUUUUUUCGAUUGAUUCAACUUUUUUCCUUAUGAAACGUGUGCUUCUACUAUUAACGUAAUUAUUUGCUGAGAUGAAUCUGAAAAGGAUGAUCUGACUUUGAAUUGCAAUAUUUUUUUACUGGACGUAAUGGCAAAAAGUGCAAAACACUCGCCAAUCAUUAAUGAUAUUGUAAA